AUGACUGACAAGCUCCCCCCAAACCUUCUUGCCCUCUUUGCGCCGCGCCCACCUCUUCGCUAUCUCCCUCCCAUCGAUCGCGCACCAGAUGACAUCAAGAAGAGUAAUUUGGAAGGCGUCGCUGGCUAUGUGGAAGAACUGAAGAAGUAUGGCGAGGAAGUUCCUUACCAUCCCACCGAGUGUUGGCUUCAGCGCAAAGCACGGUUGAAGGCGGAGAAGAAGGAGCGUAUAGAAAAACUCUUGACAGAGGGCGUUAAGAACUAUAACCCGCAUGCUGAUCCUAACAUUCGAGGGGACGCGUACAAGACGCUUUUUGUUGCUCGACUGAGUUAUGAGGCGAAAGAGUCGGAUUUGGAGCGAGAAUUCGGCCGCUUUGGACCAAUUGAGCGGAUUCGAAUUGUCAAGGAUACGCAUAACCCAAACCCAAAAAAGCCUCAUCGAGGAUAUGCGUUUAUCGUCUACGAGCGUGAAAAAGAUAUGAAAGCUGCCUAUAAGGAGACUGAUGGUAUCCGAAUUAAAGACCGACGAGUGCUGGUAGAUGUCGAACGUGGUCGCACAGUCAAGGGUUGGCGACCCCGCCGCUUCGGAGGCGGACUGGGAGGACGUGGAUAUACUAAAGCAACGCCGGCUCGCCCACUCGGUCCUGGUGGGAUUAAUGCUCCAUCAGGACCGGGAGGCUUUGGAAGCGGAUUCCGAGGUGGAUUUGGCGGCAGGGGAGGAGGAGGAGGCUAUAACAGAGGAUACCGCGGUGACCGUGGAUUUGGUGGGCCAAGAGCAGGUAUCGGAUAUCAAGGCGGCCGCAAUGGAUUCGGCGGUCAAGCUCCCCCUAAUGCCCCUUCUGGUCCUGGAGGUGGACGAAGUGGCAGGUUCGAUCGCGACAGAGAAGCGACAGGCAGCAAUCGGGAACCGGUAAGACCUCGGGAUGAUCGUGACCGGCGGGAUCGAGACCGCGACCGAGAGCGGGACCGAGACCGGGACAGGUAUGGAGAUAGAGAUAGAGAUCGUCGUGAUUACGAUCGUGACUACGAUCGUGACUAUGACCGCGACCACGACCGAGACCGAGACCGCGACCGAGACAGGUACGGAGGGCGAGACGAUUAUUCGCGGAAGAGAUACCACGAAGACGACUCCUAUGACGACCCUCGUGCUAAAAGGAGGUACUAA